CAACAACAUCUAAACUUUCCAUCUCUUCCCUGUUCAUUCAUAAAGUGACAUUCGGAGUAGUACCAACGCCACCUACGCACUCGUGGCGUAAGAAGUGAUCUUCUCAACAUUGACUCGAAAUUCAAAAUCUACGAAGACAGGGACGUCCGACUGAUCCAUGAGUGAGUUCCUAUGGCCAAAUUCAAGAUUUCAAGUCUUCGCACUGUGCGACAAUGGCCUACGCUUACGAAGGACAACCGCGUUUCGUUCUUCAGCAACGACUGGAAGAGCUCACGUCCCAAAUUCGUUCGCCCGGUCAUAGGCGGAGGGGUCAUGUUCAUGCUGUUGUUCCUUGGGGCAUGCUCCUACUUCUACGGCACGCUUUAUCACUCCAACUAUCGGUACGAUAACUUCAGGGUCCUUGCUGUUGACUACGAUGGGGGCGUCAUCGGACGGUCUCUGCAGGCUGCAUACCAGCAACUCGAAGGGCCACACUUCUUCAAUCUUGAGUUCCGUUCACCAAGCGAGUAUCCUUCUGACGACAACGUGCUUCACGCCGUUUGGGAAGGGAAAUACUGGGCUGCGAUAUUCGCCACUGAAGGCGCCUCGGAACGAUUGGGAGCUGCCAUUCAGGGUGAUAAUGCCGACAGGUACAACCCGGCAGAAGCUCUGCAUUACAUCUGGAAUGGACAAUACUAUCCUGUAUUUUCGACCUCCGUGGUCAAAGCAAAUAUACAGACUCUAGUCGCCGCCACACGCAUCGCAUACAACCGAAUCAACGGGACUGGAGCGUCCGCGAUGCUCGAUCAGCGGAACCCGGCCGCCGUACAAGCACUGCUAAAUCCCAUAGCAGCAACAGAGAGAAACAUCAAAGAUGCCUCAUACAGCGCAGCGGUUUUAUAUGGGACAAUCGGUUCCGUCACGCCCGUUUUGUCCCAAUUUUUCUUCCUUCUCCUGCUCAACGGCAUGUUCCUGGAGUAUCAACUUUACACUCAGGUGACAGUGGGUUCAAGCCUGGUGGUCCGUCUCGGUGCAGGCAUUUUCUAUUCCCUCGGAUCCGCGCUCGUUCAAGCGGGCUACUGGUGGGCGUUCGGGGAAGACUGGGACGUCAAUGGAGCUCAAUUCAUCCUGACAUGGUUGGUCCUCUGGGUCCUCAUGAUGGACCACCAGCUCCUUCUGGAGACGGCGUUCCUGCUCGUGCCCCUGCCGGCUACGCCGUUCAUCAUGUUGAUAUGGAUGUUCAUGAACAUUCCGAGUACGUUGAGUCCGCUGGAGCUGCAAGCUGGAUUCUUCCAUUGGGCCAUGGCUAUUCCUGGAUAUAACGCAUAUGCUACGCUGGUUACCAUCUGGACCGGGGGAGCUCGCAAUCGACUAUAUCGGACGUUGCCUAUCUUGUUUGCAUGGCUUGUUGCAGGGCUUAUUGGGACUACUUUGGCACACUGGCGAGCGUGCCACUUGGCUUUCAAGCGGCAAAGGGUGGAUGUAUUAGAAAGGAGAGACGACAAGAGCGGGGAAGCCGGCCAGCCAGCAGAAGGAGUCAUGGUUUCCAAUCAGCCGGCUGUGUAGUAGAGAUCGAGGAUAUCGCAAUAUACCCUGGAACAGCCCAAUCAAUUCCUGCUCGACUGCAACAUCAUGCAUAUUUGGGAGCAAUACUGAGUUCGUUGAGGUAGCCCUCGCAAGACGGGGGUGCUGUCUGAAGAUGAGGUGAGGGCUACGUGAAGAAGCACUUGGUGGAAUAUAAGCAGCUCAGGUGUGGGGUGAGAUUUAUGGAUGAAUUCGCUAAGAACGCAGUUGGCAAGAUUCUGGGGAGAGAGUUGAGAAAUAGGGGAAAAGGCUAAAGAGGGCGCCAGUGCUAAGAGAUGGGCUACGUCAUGUUGAAGCGUCCAGUAUGAUUCACAUGCUACGUUAUGUCGCUUGAUGUGGUACGGCUCGCUUGUUGUACGGUCUUAUAUCUCCUCCGCAGAUAGACGAAUACUGAAUGAAGGACUUUGUGAAAGUCUACAUACGAG